UUAAGACCUGAUAGUCUUUACACUCAGGCAGGCUGUAGAGGAACAGUCAUUACUUAGUGCUCGCUGAGGGGGACAGAGCUAGAACGUGUGUUCAGAGACUGCCUGUCAAUGGGAGGAGGACGCAGACGGACAGAGCGAGAGAGAAAGAGAAAGAGAGAAAGAGAGAGCGAGAGGGGAGAUUCUACAGCAGUUAAUUAAGGAUCACUCUGUAUGUGCCUGUAAACGCAAAGAGGCAAAUCUAUUCUGUGUCAGUGCCAGGGUCUCCUCGAGGGAAUACAGUGAUAUUUCAAAGGAGGAAAUGGCAAGGCUCUAAAUCUGUUUCAGUCUCUGUGCUCAUUGCUGUUGGUCGUUCUCAGACAAAGUGAAGAAGGGCAAGCCGUGAAGUGUCAGAGGAGUUUGGGAGUCUACACCUAAAUCAAGGAUAAAGUUGUGGGGGGAUUCACAUCAGCUUCGGGAUGGAUGGAUUUAAGAUAAUGUGAUAGAAUAAUUAUUUACUCUGCCAGGAUUACCAGGAUCUUUACUCAGCAGAUGUGUGCUGUCAUGUCCUGGCUGCUUUGCCUGGUCCUCUGGGUCAGUGGGACGACCAUCCAGCUCUGCCAGGCCACCUUCUAUGAGACCAUACAGCUACAGCAGCACCAUGUGACACGGCCUGGAAGGACUUCCAUUCACAUGAUUGAAGGAGGAACGUGUGAAGUGAUUGCGGCUCACAGAUGUUGUAAUAAGAACAAGAUUGAGGAGCGGUCCCAGACGGUCAAGUGUUCCUGUCUACCAGGGAAGGUGGCAGGGACCACCAGGAACAGACCCUCCUGUGUUGACGCAUCCAUAGUGAUUGGUAAGUGGUGGUGCGAGAUGGAGCCCUGCCUGGAGGAUGAAGAGUGCAAGACGCUGCCUGACAACUCAGGCUGGAUGUGUUACGCUGGGAACAAGAUCAAAACCACCCGGAACACCCAACAACCUGCAAGCAAAGGAUACCUCUAACUUUAGAUGGGCCAACUGCAAAGAUCAAUCCAAGGACCCAGACAUUCAGCUUACCUUACAGUUAUACGUGUGAACUUCCCUGUAUAGAAAGGUGUGAAUUCUCAAAGAAACUGCUGCUCAAAGGCACUGAGGAAUGAUGCAGCUGAAGCAUAGCAAUGGGGAACCCAGUGAUUUCACAAUGUUGUAAUUUGAUGGAACACUGCAUUUGGAUGUACAGCACAUCUGAACUGUGUCUGAUAUUCGUCUGAGAAUCUACUGCCGCCACUGUCCCAGCUCUUCGUUCUCUGGUAUCAGCAAGCUCAGACAGACUCGGCGAAAGAGAGAGAGAGAGACAUUUCUGGGUUACUUUGAGGAAGUACUUGCCGUGGGGCCUCAGGAUUCUGUAUAUACCAUGUUUCAGUCUCUUCAUGUGAACAAGGACAUUGUCUACAGUAUGAUGGUGGUGAGAUGUAAAUGAUUCCAAACUCUGAUCUGUUCUGUUCUUGUCCAAGUGUUCCAGAUUCCAGACCACAGCCAAAGGUCUCGUGUUUCUUAAACAUACAAUAACCUAUAGGUGUAGAUCAUGUGAGGAUGCAACUGUACAUUGGAAUCAUUUGGCCAAUAACAAGACAUGUUUCUUUUAUCAAAACUGUUUUUGUACUUGAAUUCCUUAUUCCAUCUCUUUUAUAGUUCAGUUAUCCAUCAAACGGUUGAGUGUUCACCAAAAAACACAGUAGGCCUACGUUGUUUUUUUAAACUUCUUUAGAUGCCGUAUGUGUGUCAAAUUCUUCAACAACAUAUUAAAAGUCUACCAUUGCUUUGUGCAUAAAUAUUAAAUUAAACUAUGGUGUGUUA